UGUAAGAAUAUUUCUCUCUCUAUCUCUCUCUCUCUCUCUCUCCUCACACAGAAAAAUAACGCAGAAGAACAAAAUGGGGGCAGGGCAAGUAAUGAAGAGAAUUCCACUCAUCAAAUUUCCUCAAAGGCAUCUGAAGCCAUCCGGUAAAGCAGCCCAGGUUGAAGAAGCAUCUGUGAAUGGUGAUAUAAACCAAAAUGAUGAUCUCGUUCGAAAGUUUUUCUCAAGGGCUCCAGCAAAUUUGUCGGUAGGAGGAAAAGCUUCCGAUCAGCCAAAACGAACGCCAGUCUCUCAAGACGAGAUUGAUGCUAUCAUGUUGGGUGGCUGUUUCUGAUUCUACAUAAGAGCCUUUGCCGAUAGAGGAAAACUCGUGUGAGUCGAGUCCUCUGUUCUAGUUGACAGACGAAUGGUUUUGUGUAUUACGUACUGUCUUUGUUUGAUCAAUUUGCAUAAAUUUCUCGAGUAUACUUGAUAACAAACUCCAAACAACCUUCUCGUAAUUAUUCGAUUUCCUUGAAUUUUGUGGUUCGAAUAAUGCGCUAUAAAUUCAAACAUGUUUUUUUCUCAUAUUAAA